CAGAGCAGAUUAAAAAUGGCUCCUAAAAGAGAAACAUCUAUGAAGAACCCAACUUCACCAGUGACACAGCCCAGAUUGGGCCCCCCUUUCCCCUGCCUGCCUACAGCUCCUGCAGCACCAAAAUCAGCCCCGCAACAGAAACCAAGGAUGCUGCGAGCAUCAGAUUCACCGUUUGACCCCAGUACUUUGGAGAUUGAGUUUAAGCUGGAACAGAUCCAUGAGUUUAAGGAGGCGUUCCUGCUGUUUGACAGAACAGGAGAUGGGAUGAUCUGUUACACUCAGUGUGGGGACGUCAUGAGGGCUCUUGGACAGAACCCCGUCACCGCUGAUGUUCUUAAGGUUUUGGGCAACCCCAAAGCUGAGGAAAUGAACACGAAGAUGUUGGACUUCGAGAAGUUCCUGCCCAUGCUCCAGACCAUUGCUAAGAAUAAAGAUCAGGGCUCCAUGGAAGACUUUGUUGAGGGACUUCGUGUAUUUGACAAGGAAGGCAACGGCACAGUUAUGGGCGCAGAGCUGCGUCAUGUUCUCACCACUCUAGGUGAGAAAAUGACAGAAGAAGAAGUGGAGACACUCCUCGCAGGACACGAAGAUGCAAAUGGCUGCAUCAAUUACGAAGUGUUUGUGCGCCACAUCGUGUCAGGCUGAGGGCCGGUACGGGCAUUGGGUAUACCACGAGAGCUGGUCAGGAUGGUCAUGAACGGCUAAAGAUGAUGAAAAGAGUCCAUCUUAUUCUUUUUUUUGUUUUGUUUUUUUUGUUCUUACCCUUUCACGUGUUCCCUCUUUUUGCAAUGAGCUUCCUACAUCCCCACAUGCUCUUUUCAUGGAUUUGUCUAAAGAUGAGCUAUGACCUUUGCUGAUCAUAUACUGUACUUGAUUAACAAAUGCAUUCAGGAGUUUUAACUUUUGUUGUUUGCAUUCACGUUCCAAAAUGCACCCCUUGAGACUUAUCAAAUUUGGACAAUGAUGGCAUAUUGUAAUAACUACUCCUACCUAGUGAAAUUUUUGGAUGGGACUUAUUUAUAUAUACAUAAACAUACACAGUAACUGAAUUAUCUGAUCUACUGUAAGAUUGGCAAAGACUCACUUGGGCUUAAUAUUGCCUCUUUUGAAAUCACAGCAAACCGGUAUAAUUAAAGCCAUCCAAAGGGUAGAUGGCAUUUCAAAUAUUUCCAAUGGUUUUAAUUUACGUUCUCUUUUGCAUAUCAAUAAAUGUCUCCUGAAAUAUUA